AUGGCUUCCCUCUACGAUAUGUUCGACUGGAGGACGGCUUCAACUCAAGAACUCGAAAACCAGAUCAAGAAACUACAACGUGAUCGCGAUUUGAGGAAACUGCAAAACACAAUAAGAGAUAGCAUAAGAGACAGCAUACGCGACAGCAUCAGAGCGGAGACUCUCAAAGAGGGCAUCAGUCUCAAGAUCGAGAACGAAGACGGCCUAGUUUAUUUCCGCCCACGCGGCCUUAUAAUGGGUAAUUCACCACUAAACGUCGAGCUGAAGAACAAAGGAUACAAUGGCAAGAUCUACGUUGAACCCGGCGCCUCAGGCUGGUUCACAGGUGGAUGGGCUGAAGUACUCAUCGUAGCGGGAACGGUAUAUCUAUACCGCAACGAACUCCGCAUUAUCGGUCGAGGUGUGCUAGCUGGAGCGAAUCUAGCUAUUGAGCGAUGGGAACAACGUCAGCGACAAAAUGCCAGUGAUGUGAAAGGGAAAGAAGUAGAAGAGGAGAAAGAGCAAGGAAAGGAGGAGCAGAAGAUGCCUGUCACACCGACUGAAGAGAAAGGCAUCAACCAAAAUGCCUCCACAUACCCUCCUCACCCACCACCCACACAGCCACCCCAAGCCGUCCCGUACGACAGCAGUGGAUUCGAUGCAGACGUGGACACGCCAACCUCACCCUAG